UGAUGGAUGCUUUUUUGGUUUUUUGUCCCUUUUUAAGGCCUUCGUUUUUCCGUUGUUUUGCAGGAGUUCCUAGAGAUUGGAGGUAUUUUCCUGAUUUUGUCUUCUAUUCGUUGCAAUUACUUUCAAUUUCAAUUGCUUUCAAUUGAAGAUAUUCUGUUUGUUUAUUUGAGCCCGUCCGUCUCUGUGUGUGCGUGCCAUUGAUUCAUUUGCUCUCCUCAGCGUACGAAAUGGACCCUACAAGAGCACCAGAUUUUCGUCCACCAUCAGCUGCGACGUCGCAGGGCCAACCGUUGGCGCCAUCGUCACAGAUUCCUAAGGCUAUUCCAAUCCAGCCUCCGGUGUUGGCGGAUUACCCUAACAAGUUGGAUGCGCCAAUUCGACCACGUACACAUAGACACCAUCACCAUACAACGACAGCAAGCUCAUCGCCACGUACCCCGAUUGGUAGUGUGAUCCCAUUGGCGACGGAAAACUUACAGCCGUUGAGCACUGAAAACUCUGGCGAGAGUAGUAGUGACCAGGACGAGGACGCUGAGAUCUCCGUAUCAGACACUGACUACUACGAGGAGCCUGUAUCUGUAUCUGUACCAAGAGUUCACUCCUACCAAACUGCUGACUUGGAGGAAGUUCCACACGGAAUCAUCAGGCAGUCCAAAACUUUGGCAAAUUACAAAUUCCCAACGCAUAGACUAAUACAAAAAUUGAAGAAUCCGAAUAAGCAGCCAUUGGUCAUUGUUGCAUGUGGUUCGUUCUCUCCAAUCACUUAUCUACACUUGAGAAUGUUUGAGAUGGCCAUGGAUGCCAUCAGAGAACAGACGAGGUUUGAGGUACUUGGUGGUUAUUACUCACCGGUGAGUGAUAACUACAAGAAACGUGGGUUGGCACCAGCCUCCCAUAGAGUUCGUAUGUGUGAGUUGGCAUGUGAACGUACUUCCUCGUGGCUCAUGGUUGAUGCCUGGGAAUCGCUACAGCCAACAUAUACAAGAACCGCAAAGGUUUUGGAUCACUUUAACGAGGAAAUUAACGUUAAGCGUGGAGGAGUCCUCACUGCUGACGGUACCAAGAGAGGUGUCAAGGUGAUGCUUCUCGCAGGUGGUGACUUGAUCGAAUCCAUGGGUGAACCAAACGUAUGGGCUGACGAUGACUUGCACCACAUAUUGGGACGUUACGGUUGUCUCAUCGUUGAAAGAACCGGCUCAGAUGUACGCUCCUUCCUUCUUAGCCAUGAUAUCAUGUACGAACAUAGACACAACGUUUUGGUUAUUAAACAGCUCAUUUAUAACGAUAUAUCAUCUACAAAAGUGAGAUUGUUCAUCAGAAGAGGUAUGAGCGUACAGUAUUUGUUGCCAAAUAGUGUGAUAAGAUACAUCCAAGAGCACGGUCUCUACGCUAAUGAAACUGAGCCUGUAAAGCAGGUACUAGAAUCAAAGGACUGAGUCUUUUGUUUAUUGGUUUUCCUUUCUCUUUUGUUUUUUGUUCUUCUACUGUGUUACUUCCUUUGUCUCUGUUUAGUCUCCUCUUUUACAAUUAAAAUACACUAUGUACUUCCUUAUAUAUCUACAUAUCAUUCUUAAUGGAGUCAUUCAUU